AAGCUUCCGGAAAGGAGCUGGGCGCAUGCGCUGUGGCUGUUCGCGCAGGACGCCGCGGCGGUUGCCGGGCUAUAACUGCCACCGCCGCUGCCCCUCCACCGUGGCGUUGUGGAGACGCUCCGGCUCCGGCGCGGCGCGGGCAGCAUGUGCGCUGCCAAGCGGGUGCAGGACGGGUGGCCACAGCGCUGGGCCUUCCGGCCCGGCCCAGGUAACGCGGGCCCCGGCAGCGGCGGAGGCGGCGCGGCCCUGCCCGGCUCACGGCGCCUUUCUCUGACCUCCGCAGGCUUCGGGGACCUGCAGCCGCUGCUGCCGCGGGGCCCGCGCUGGCCGCCCGGCCCCGUGCCCCUCCUGCGUUGCGGCUUCCCGCCGCCGCGGCCGAGCCUCAGGGCCCCGGGCCCGCGCGGGGCUGGCGCUGGCGGGAGGGCCGGGGCUGGCGGCGACGCGGCCGCGAGGAAGCGCAAGGAGCCCGGUACGGCGGCGGCAGGGGGGGCGGCUAAGCUGGCUAAGCCAGCGGCUGACAGCAACCCGGCGCUGCUGGAGGCCUUCAAGGCCGUGGUGGCAGCUGGCGGCAGCGACUGGCUGGACCCCGAGGCCGUGGCCGCUGUGGUGACGGGGGACCCCCCGGACAGCGCCGCCAAGUGUGAGAAGAAGGCGCCGGGAAGCCCAAAGGUGGCGGAGCCUGAGGCAGCCGUGCCCACCCCGGGUGCGCCCGCCUCCCCCACGCCCCAGCCCAACGCCGAGGCCGGUGCCACAGAAUCGCUGCCCGUGCUCCAGCCGGAUCCCAGCUUCGGCAGCGUGGCGCUGGGUGAUGGUAGCUUGCUGCAGGCUGACCCCAAGGAAAUAUGGAUUUUUGGCCACUCUGUGAUUUCGGCGGUAAAGAAGAGGGCAAACAAUCAUCCCUGUGGUCUGCAGUUGGCUUUCCCGAUUACGAGUGUAUUUGUGUAUUGGCAUGACGUACAGGAAAUGCUGUGGGAUCAGCUCGUGCCUCUCCUGCACGAAGUGUAUUUCCUCAGAACGUCUCCAUCUGUUUUGGUAAUACACCUUGGGGAAAAUGAUCUUUUGCAACAAUCUAGUACGUCUCUCCUCAUUAAAAUGAAAAAUGACUUGGGCGUCCUUAGAAGGGCCUUUCCGGAUGCUUAUAUCGUUUGGUCUUCAUUGCUGCCAAGGCGCUUUUGGAAGGGUACUAAAACUCCAUUGACUAAAGAGGAGGAACGGCAGGAGAUUAAUAGAGAGAUGUUCUAUUAUUGCAAAGCAAAUAACAUAAUAUUUUUGCAACAUGAUUUCAUCACUAGCAAGAGGCCAAACAUGUUCUUGCCUGAUGCAGAUGAACUUUCUGAUGUAGGAGCUGAUGUUUUUAUAUCGAACCUGAAGGCAGUCCUGCAUUCCUGUAUGGGCUUUGGUAGAGGCUGACAAUGCUGAUCGGUUUCAGUGUGUGGAAGUGCACUCAUCCUAAAAAAAUCCAUGACAUUCCAUCUGUGUUUGGGAGCUGAGGAUUUUUUUGGGGUGUGGGAAGGGAUAUGGUAAUACUGAAAGUUGAAAUGAGUAGGAAGAGUUUAGCACUUCCCUGCAUAUCCAUUGCACCUGGCAGAUUCCAGAUUUGGAGAAAAUUGGGGUGGAUUUGGGCUACCCACCCAAAGAGUUCUACAGGUCUGCACACAGGAGGUUUUGAUGCCUCUGGAAUUAUCCCUGCCCACACAGGGAGAGGGGGCAGCUAACCUCAUGCAAGUUAACAGGUAUUUGUUGCGUUAAUCAUACCAUUCGUUUUCACCCCUUGGGCACUAGUCUUGUAAGCAGGAAGGCAUUGUGGAGGAUUUAACAACACAAGUUCGCUCCUUAGUUAAGCUGGAACGAUGUUUAUGGUGUGUGUGCAUGCGCAAACACCAUAAUACACUUAAAAUGUAAUGGGCAACAUGGUUUUUGCAUAACAACUGUUGAUGGAAAGUUAGGAAUCGACAUUAGUCUAUGUCUAAGCAAUUUGCUUCCAUGCACUAUUAUUUAUUCAGGAUGAAUCCUGUGUCUUACCACUAACAAAGUACAUAGCAGGGUUACAAGUAUUGUAUUGCAUAUCCAGCUCUUGCUCAACUGUAGCCUCCAUCUGCUGCUGGACCCUAAUUUGUAACUGAAGUUUGCAAUAAAGUUUUUGAUAUGCUAACUGAAUGCCUUAUCAACAGUUGCUCUGCAGCCUAUUUCCCCAAGUAACUUAUUCACUUCUGGCUAACUGCAGGGGCCCUGUCUUUUGACUUUCUAGUAGUUUGAAUAGUGACUUGUUUGGCCUUGAGCAAACUGCUUGCUUACAGGCAGUUUGAGGUGUAAAGAAGUAACCUGUUUGAAGUUUGCCCCUUGCCUACCUCCAGAGUGCUUGUUGAAGACAUCAAGUACUUAGUAGCUGGGAUUUUUAUGUGUAUAUCCAGGAACUUUGCUUUGGGUCAGCAGUUGUCACCUAGUGUGAACUGCUUCACAAGGAACCAGCUGGCAACUUACUCUUGCUUUCCAGUCACUUAUGGAAAAUGAGGAAAGAUCUGACUAAGGAAACACCCUUUUUUUUUUUUUUUUUACUUAUUUCUUAUUAAGUGUCCAAGUGAUUACUUGGAGGAAUCGGGAUAAUACACUUGUUGUUUUUUGUUUUGUUUUGGUUUUUUGUUUGUUUUUUUGGCUUUUUGUUUUUUGUUUUCUUUGUCUUUUUGUUUUGGUUUUUUGUUGUUGUGUUUUGUUUUUUUUUUUUUUAGGGUAACCAGAACACAUGUACAUGUUUUGCUGCUUGUUGGCUUGUACUAAGAGGUCAUCAGAUCAGAACUGGCAGUAAUUCUAGGAUACUUCAUCUGUGAAGUAGUCCAGGGCAGAAAGAAAAAUCUAAGACCUUAAUUGGAUCAGCUCUUCUUAACUGCAUAGUUUGUCAGGUUAUUUACCUCUUGUGGAAGGCCUUGAGUAAUUUGAGAGCCUCAGAGGUAGCCUCACAUGAAGCAGCAGUUGUAGAAGAACCUUCCAGUACUGGACAAGCAUCUGGCUGAUGACCUCUUAAGUCGGCUACACAUUUGUAUGAGUGUUGUAGCAUAUUUUAGUGUAAGCAGCAUUAUUGUUUUGUACGUGAAUAAAUCUGACGUUAUACCUUGGCUUCACAGAGAAAAGCAUGUCCGUGCCUUGGUGCAGGGCCUACCUGUGUCUUUUUCUAAUACUGUGGAAGGGCAGCACCUCACAAAUGUUAAAUUUUUGGUUGUUGUAGCAACCAAAAACUUAUAUUCUAUGGACAGACAUAACCUAAACCACUUCAAAGAUGGAAGGAGGGAGAGAGUGGUUACUGCUUGAGAGCAUGCAUUAUUUGAGCCAAUUCAAUUGUUUGUCUAUCUGCUCCUGUGCUGGUGGGUAUAAAAGCUCAACUGUUAAAACUGUUAAGCUUGGUUUAUUCAGGUUUUAAAAUUGGAGUAGUUGCAUUUCCAUUCUUCCCAGUAUGAUCGCAUACAGAUGUAAUAAUUAAAUUGGGAUAGUUUUAUACCAGGAGUUGGCAACAACGUGGGCCAUGAGUCUGACCACAUGGAGCAGAUUGGUGGCCUGGUGUAACUUGGUACCACUGAUUCUCUGUGUUGGAUUGGACCUUUUUGCAGGCUGGAUCCAGCCCAAGAAUUCAUAGAUUGCUGCUCCCUGGCUUAUAACUCAUAUCUGUCCUUGCUCAUGGAGUGAAAGCUGUUUCUACUGCAUGCAAGCUUUUGAAAAGUCUGCUGCUCCCUCAGAUCAUAGCUUUCUUUAACUUAAAGAAUUGCAUUGGAAUUAAUUAUUUUUAAUAGUUUCCUUUCUAAUUUAUAACUCGCCUACCGCUUCUCUUUUUCUUUUUAAGUUACCUAUGUUUUAUUUGGAACCUCAGAAUAAUUCUGGGCAGUGUUCUUUAUAUACUCAUUUUAACUUUUUUUUUAAUGCUUGGGCUCUGUUGCUGCCUGACUGCAGGUUUUGGGCAUACUGUUGAUAAACGAAAAUGUUUACAGUAAUUUGUUUGUAAAUAUGCAGGCUUAAUUGAAAUGCAUUGGUUACCGAGUACAAAAGUGUUCUAAUUCCCUAGAAGCAGACUUGUUCUGUAGAUAGUUAUAGGGAAAAAUAACAUCAAUAUUGGUGUUUGUGUGUUUUUUUGGGGGGGGGGGGGUUUGUUUUGGGUUUGUUUUUUUUUUUUUUGAGCCAAGAUUUUUUUUUUUUCCCCCCAUAUUUGGAUGCUUAAAAGCUUCUCUUCGAUCCAUUAUUGACUUUAUGCCAUUCACUGUUCCAUAGCAGAAAAAUAAAAUGCCUAUUUUAUGAAUUUCUAUGGCAUCAGUAACAUUACAAGAGGUAAGAUGUUUUGUAUGCAAGUAAUACGUAUUUACUUGAAUAGAAGAUGACCCCUUGAUUAGAUUGUAUACCUGAAAAAAUUAUAACAAUUUAUAGCUAUAAUCUAAUUGUUGGAGGUACUAUUUAUAUCUAGUAUGAUCCAAGACCAAAUCCACUCCAAAUUUACUUGGGCAAAGCCCAAAGAGUCAUAUUGUGUAAGCUUGGCUCAGUCAAAUUUAUCAUCAAGUUUGUGUGAUUAUACUAUCAGGCAAGUGUCUUCCCUCCCAGACCCAUCAGUCUGGAGUUUGAUACUCUCCAAAUCCCUGGCAGGCAUCCUACAUGUAAGUCCCAGGCCUAGAAGCCUUGGAGUUCAGAUGCAGAUGCUUGAUCCUAGCCAAAAGGCCCAUGGUGUUAUUUAGUGAGACUUUCUUGUGUGUAUUUAUAAGACAAGGGGCUUUUAUUCCCUAUGCCAAGUGGGGGUGGGGGGAGGGAACCUCGUCUUAGAGUUGAGUAAAUAUGGUAUGUUUUAAUUUUUUGGUUUAUUCAUUGUAGGCAUUGAACUUUAUUAUUAAUUGCUCUUUUAUUUACAGAACAAUGCAAAAGAUCUUUUCCAUGUCUGGUAAGAUCUAGUAUCCUGUAAAUAUAGUAUUAUUUUAUGUUGAACUCUUGUAUUUUUAUUUUCAGAAACUCUUUUAGUAAAGUACAAAUUUUUAAUGUAUACAUUAAUACUGGUUUUAUUUUUUAGAUUUUUAGGGUGCCUUAAAAACCAAAGUAAGUAUUCAGUAACACAAAGCAAGGAGAAGGGAGGGAGGAAACAUUUCGAUUAAUAUAUACUAAUAGAUAACUUCUGAUAUUUCAGAGAUCAGAAUGUGUACAUGUGUUCAGAAUAUCUACUUCUGCUGUUUACCUAGAAAGUAAUACGGAAAAUCCAUUUGUUCUAUUUUUGCAUGUAAAGAUUACUUGCAGGGCAUUGGAUAUGGUGAUGCACUGUCCUUUUGUAAGGGACACCUGCAUUCAUGGGACUUCAUCCAAAAGUUUACUAUAAGGCACUUGCAUUGACUUCAUUGGCCUCUGCAUCAGGUCCAUGAUUCAAUAAAUACAAGACAUUCAUUGACUAACAACUUUUUUCCCUUGUAUCUCAAGUGAAUUUUGUCUUGUGACAGCCUUGGGAAGUGAUGAACAGACUCGUCAGAAAUGGACCUGUCCUCAGAAAGGUAUGCCCACAGCAGUACAACACGUCUUGUUGGUGGCCUUCCAGGGUAAGUACUUGACAAUGCCAGCUGAGCAAGCAGAAGACCAUAGUUUUGUUCUGAUGUUUGUGAUUGCAGAAUGCACAGGUCUCUGAUCCCCACACUAAUGGUACUACAUUGAAAACCAGAAAGUAAUCCUUGCAAAUAAAGGGAUGGAUUUUGCUUUGGCAGUCCACUAUUGGGUAGUGCAGAGAAGGAGUGUUGGUAAGGAACUGUAAUGGCUUCCUGGCUUCUAUGUUGCAGUCUUUAAAGCAAGUUAGAGUAAGCCUCAGGGCAGGCACUACCCAAUAGGGCUGCGCAAAGCUUUGGGUGGUGAUUCAGUUUGGAGGAGAUUCGGCCCACUUUGGUGCCCGAAUCUCUGAAUCCAAACUGAAUCGGGGAACCACCUAAAAGGUCCAAAUCAAUUCAAAGCUUUCUGAAUCUUUGGACAGUCCUCGGUGGCUGCAGCAGGGAGCUGCAGCUGACUCUGAUCUGGUAAGUACUGAGGGAGGGGACUAUGGGGGGACCACUGCCAGCAGCUCCCUGACCCCUGCCUGCCCCAGCUCCUGGCAUUUUUAAAGAAAAGCCCCAGUACUCACCUGGUGCUGCCAGGUGGGGGGCAAUCCCCUGCUGCUCUGUGCUGCAUGGGGGGACUCUGCCACAAGUCCCCUGACCCCCCCCUUUUGCUCCCCCAGGCCCCCCCACAGGUGCCCCACCUGGGCCAGCUCUGACCCUUUACAGGGAAAAAAAAAAGUCCUAAGACUCACCACUCCUGCAGCAGCCUUGGGGGCUCAUAGCAGAGCCCCCCAACAUGGGGCAAUGGGGGACAGCAGGGGUGCCCUCUGCCCCGCAGCACCUGGUGAGCACUGGGGUUUUUUGGGUUUGUUUUGUUUUUUUUUACGAGUGCCAGGAACCCAGGCUGGGAGAGGGGCAGGGGAUGGGCCUGGCCUGGCUGAUUUGGAGAUUCAGCAGUAGCCGAAUCUCUGAAUUGGAUUCAGCCAAAUCAAAUUGGGACAGUGAUUUUGAAUUGUCAAAUUGCUGUCCCCCAGAUCGGCCGAAUCCAAAGUGAAUAUUAGCCGCUUUGCACAGGCCUACUACCCAAGUAGGUCUUUCUCCAGGUGCUACUGUUUUGGUGGAGUGAGCACACUAAGUACAGAGAAACUGCAAAAGGAGAUACAGGAGCUCUGUGUCUAUUAUGGAUUUUACUACAUGGGGAAAUCCUCAGUAAGGAUUUGAGUGAUUUCCUGUCAGUAAAGUCUGAGGGAGUUCUAAUGUUAGCAUGUUUCAGAGCUAUGGGCUAUCAAAUGCAUACAUUAUCUGCCAGCUGGGGACAUGGACAGAUAUAAUGCAUAUAGCACAUUAAGUGGCUUAAAAGCAGUAUCAACAAUGAGUAGAUGCAUAAUACUGUAGUGCUGCAAGUUGGUACCCAGUAGUUCUUUAAGGGAAGAGAUGCCUUGGAUAAAAUGGAUGCAAAGAGCUAUUACUGUGAAAUGCUUCAGGUUACAUUUGUCCUUCCCACUGGAGAAAUAAAGGGAGACUGUGGGUUGCUGCUGGGCUGAUUUAGUGUUCUUGUUUCCCAUCCCAACAGCCCUAUGAGGCGAUCUAUGAUUCAGUUCUGUUACCCUAGGUUUACAGGUCCUACGUAUGACUUAAAAACUAGGCACUCUGCAAUUGCCAUUUUCUGGGUCUCAGCCCCAGAAAUGUUGCUUCCUGAGAAUGAUACAGAUGCUCAAGCAUCAGAUGUCCAGCAUCAUCACAAUGUCUGUGUGAAAUGCUCUGCCUGUUACAGGCUAGUAGAAGUCCUGCAUCUCUUCUCUGGGGUGAGAGGAGGGAAAAAAUUAGCAACCAUGAGAGCUCCCAAAACCAGACUCUUGAUGAAUGGAUCACAGCAGAUGUGGCAGCUGGCAGGCACAACUAUGACUGUCAUCAGUGCCUGGCCAAGGCAAAGAUUCUGAAGGUACAGAAGGGCUUGGGUGCCUGUCAGGCUGAGUGCAGGCGAGGAGCUGUUGUGUGCCCUCAUCUGGGAUGAUUCCCAUCGAGCCUUGCUUCAUCAUUCCCUCUGAGAGGGACUCAGAACUGUUCAGUGACACAAAGCAGGAGAUACACAAGGAAGCUAUGGCCCAAGUCCUGGAACAGGAGCAAUCCCUGGAAGAUCUUGGGUAGUUCCUUCUCUUCAGUAGCUGGUAUACCUCCUGCUCAACAAGCCCGAAGCAAGACAUCUUGGAUGGCAUUGUAAUCAGGAAGGACCACCUGACCCUCCUGUCAUCAUCCCUCCUGACUCUUCUAAUCUCAGGAGCUUGGAUCAUAUGUGAAGAGGCUUCUGAAAUGAAAUGCAAAAAUCUCUUUGAGAUUUCCUUUCUUAUCAAGUCAUAUACAUUUAACAAAGAUUCCUUGUUUGUUGCCUUUUCAGGGUCACCACCUGCAGCUACUCCUGCUGAUGCUGUUGGGGCCCGGAGGUAACUGCCUGAGGCUACAGCUCAGUGAGGAACUGGACUGUGGAAGUUAGAGAAGAGCAAGGAGAUGUUUGCAGAUGUGGCUGUAUCUUUGGAAAGGAGAGCAGUUGCAGCAGAGGACUGGUGUGCCUGGAUGGAGUCCUACCAAGACAGUAGUGCUGACCUGGUCAGAAGGGGGAACAUCACGGGCCAGUCAUGCAGCGACUAUUUUUCUGAGGCCACCAAAGAGGCUGUGGAGAUGCUGAUGAGGAAACACCACAGUCUUACAGCCAUCCUCAUCUGGAAAAUGGAGAGCAUUUAAGCAGUGUUCUGUUCUGUACUUCUUAUAGGGGCCCCCCCCCUUCCCCUGCUUUCCAGAGUUCAGGACUCCUCUGGCCUCUUCCCCCUGCUAUCCUGGGCACAUCACAAACAGAUUAUGGCUCUCCCUCCCCAAUCAUAGUCUGUCCACCCUGCCCUAUCGUGCCCCCACUGGUCUUUACUGUAAAGUCCAUAGCCCCCUCUUCAGUAUGGAUGGGAGCUGUGGAGCUCUGUCCAUCUAGGAGUUGAGGAUGUUUUUUGGGGGGUGAAGGGGCAGAUACAACUCAUUUUAACCUCAAGUUCUUAGCCAGUCCCCAUCCAGGGAAAGCAACAUGGGGUGGGAUUUUAGCCCUCUUGAUCCCUCAGCACUACAUGGUGCGAUACUGCCCAACCCCUGUAUUCCCAUGGACCCUUCCUCCUCCUCCACUGGGAUAUGGCGAUCCUGGCCACAUAGGGCAUGGCCCCUUAGAUGCCUUCCCCCUUUCCUUAAGCUUGCAAACAAACCCUAGCCUGCUCCACUGCACCAUACCUCAUGUGCAAAGCACUUUGUUUCAAGAACAAAGCGUACAUUGUUUGACUGUUUAUACUAUUUAAUAAAAAUCUUAAAACAAA